CUCCUCACCUUCCUUCCAUUCGACUCCACUCCACUCUCCCACCCCACCCUCACCCUCGCCUCGCCUUUUUAGAGAGAGAAACACGAGCUCCCCCACCGAGCCGGUAGAGAGAGAAACCCAGGUCCAGGCCGAGCUUUCGCCGUAGCGGAGGAGGAGGAGAUGGAGAGGCCGGCGCCGGUGAGGAAGUCCCACACCAACACGGCCGAUCUGCUGGCGUGGCCGGAGGGCGCGCAGCCGGAGCUCGUCGACGGGGCCACGCCGCCGCCCAACCGCCGCCCGCACCAGGUGACGUCACGGGGGCGGAGGCGGACCCCCCUGCGAAUUGCUGGGUCAGGGGCUCGAUUGUCUCGUCUCGUACGUAACCCUUUUUUCCCUCCUUUUCUGCGUGUGCAGCCGUCGGAGGCGAUCCACAAGGUGGUGUUCGGCGGGCAGGUCACGGAGGAGGAGGCCGAGAGCCUCAACAAGAGGAAACAAUGCUCCGCUCCCAAGUGGAAGGAGAUGACAGGAAGUGGCAUAUUUGCAGCUGGAGGUGAGGCUGAGGAAGAUGAAUCCGCUAACGCUUCUGCGACACCCGUCCGAACAGCUUCAAAGAAUUAUCAGGCUAUCAGUACCAUAAGCCACAUCUCCUUUGCUGAGGACGAAAGUGUUUCUCCCAAGAAGCCAACCUCCAUAGCCGAGGUGGCAAAGCAGCGUGAGCUAAGCGGCACGCUCCAGAGCGAGGAUGACAGCAAGCUGAAGAAGCAGGUAUCCAAUGCCAAAUCAAAGGAGCUCAGCGGGCACGGCAUCUUUUCUCCUCCGGAGGACCCCAGGCCACGCAACUCGGAGAACGGCUCCACCUCGCAGACGCCAGGGAAGAACGCACAGGUGAGCAGCAUCAAAUUCGGAGAGGCCGACGACUCCGACAGCAUGGUUAAGACGGCGAAGAAGAUCCCGACGAAGAAGUUCAACGACCUGACUGGCAACAACAUCUUCAAAGGCGACGCCGCGGAGGCCCCUGGCACGGCGGAGAAGCAGCUGAGCGACGCCAAGCUCAAGGAGAUGAGCGGCAGCAACAUCUUUGCGGACGGCAAGGCGCCGUCCCGAGACUUCCUCGGUGGCAUCCGCAAGCCCCCCGGUGGCGAGAGCAGCAUCGCGCUGGUCUAACAGCGACGACAACCCCUGAUGGACAGGACAGAACAGACAUAGCCUACAACAUUCUUCGUUCACCCUUCGCCCCGUCGCCGUCUCUCGAUCUAGGAGUGAUUUCUAGGGAGCUUUUUUUCUUCUUCGUCGUCGUUCGUUGGUGGGACUGAUCUGCGAUCUCGAUUGAACUUCUGGUUUGGUUUUUUCCCGUUCCUUUUUCCUGGCGCCGGGUGCUUUCCCUUUCCUUUACUCGCUGUUAAUUAAUCCUGAUGGUGUGGUUAGUGGCUGCGGCAAGCAAGCAACGAUGAUGGCUCGCUCGUUCGUUC